AUGACAGAUUUUUUUUACAUCCAAGUACCAGCUGAUGUUAAAGUCUUAUUGUUAACUGGAACUUCUCUCAAUAAAAAUCAAUUAGAUCAAGUAUAUAAAUGCACUAACCUACUUAAAUUGGAUUUGUCAAAUUGCAAUCUAACCCUAAUUCCAAAUCUCAAAAAAUUAACGAAUUUAAGGAUUCUAUACUUACAUUAGAAUUAGAUCACUUCACUUUCAGUAGAACCAAUCUUAGGAUGCAAUCAUUUAAAUUAUCUCACUCUUUUCUUAAAUCCAGUUUCAGCUCAAUGUUCAUUAAGAAGAUAAGUGAUAUCAUAUAUGAAAUCUCUUUGGGCAUUCGACUUUAAUGUAAUAACUGAUGAAGAGAAAUACAAAGAAUUAAAAUUAAAGUAAUCCAUAGAGAAGAGUCGUCUUCCAUGGCCUAUCAUAAGUACUCCAAAAGAAUUAAAGGAUUAAUCUCAAAUAGUUAUAUUGGUUUGGUAAGAAUUAGAUGUGAUCAGGAAGAUUUGGCAAAAGUGUUCUGUUAUUAUAACUAUCUAACGAUAUAUAAAAAGUUUUAUAACAAGAAGAAAGUUCAAGAACAUUGUUAUAAAAUAGAUGAAAAUACAGUAAAUAGUAAUUUAUAUUUAGAGCAUUUAUAAAGCAAGCAGUUAAACAUUGGAUAACAUUUACUAAGAAUAAAAAGGAUCUUAAUUAAUUAUUAGCACAUUAAUAUAGUACAUAAUUUGAGAAAGUUAAAGUAAUGGUUUAAAAUUAUAGAUAAAGAAAAGGCAAGAUAAUUAAAGAAUAAAAGAGUGCUAGAAUUAUAUACAGAUCCUUAAAGUUCUUUUAGUAAAAUUAAAAAUAAUAACUUGAAUGUAUUGGAAGUAUACAUAGACUCUAUUUCUAUAAAGAAUAAUUAAAUCUAUUCAAAUAAAUUUUAAAUAGACUCAGUAAUAAACCUGAAAUCAGAUCAAUUAUUGAUUAGACUCCUUUUUUGUAUGAGGAUUUUUAAAAGCCUAAUAAGAUUUAUGAUUCAGAGGUAUUCACAUAUAGAUUACCUAAUUAAAUCAAUUUAUAUAAUAAUCCUAUUUAUUUUAAGAAUAUGCUUACAUAUCCUGCUUCUUUAACUAAAAUAAGUUGUUGUUUAUAAUAAUUAAAAUUAAGUAUAAUAAGAAAAUGGACAUCUGUAAGUAAAUUUUCAUAAGAUGUACAUGCUUAUUCCUAUUUAUAAAAAUAUGAUGAGUUAAUGCCUGCAAGAAAACCAUAUUUUAUUAUGUACAAAUUACCAAAGUAAGAUAAAAUUAAAUAUGAGAAUUGUUUAAAAUAAAUCAACAAAUUUCAAUAAAGAGAAUAUAGAUAAUUAUAUGUCAUAAAUUUAAGUAAAGAAUUACUAUCUUUGAUAAUUAAGUGUAUAAUAUUGCAUAAUAAGGAUCAUCCAUCAUAAGUGUUUAUAACAAUAUUUGAAAAGUAAUUAAAAGAGGCAGUAGCUGCAUUGAAGAUUUAAAGAUAAUUUAGAGCUUAUUAGGAUGUAAAGAAGAAUGGGAAAACAUUACAAGCUAUAAUUAAUAUUUUAGUAAAAGAAAGAUCUCUUUUGAUAUUAUAAAAAUGGUUUAAGGAUUUGAAAAUGCAUCAUAGAAAUAAUUUUUUUAAGAUAAUAGGUUAUAGACUUAAACAAAUCCAAUAAAAUGUUUUAUAUCUAAAUUAUUCAAUAUAUGUAUAAUUAAGUAAGUGUUAAUCUAAGUUACAGUUUCUUGAAUAAAAAUCAAAAUUAAGUUUAAUGAAUUAUAAAUUUUAAGCAAUUCUUGAAUAAUAUCCAAAGAAAAAUAUUAUACCUAUUUGGUUAAAGAAAUAAAUUAUUUAAUUGGAUGAUGAGUAAUAAGAGAUAUUUGCUCUAAUAGAGAAUUGUGAUAUAUAUCAUUUAUUACAUUUUGAAACAUAAAGUGAAAUUAAGAAUUUAUUUAAUCAAAAAUGGAUGAAAAUUACAUUCCCAUAAAAUGAUUAAUUAAAAUUGAGACUAUUAUUAUUGGCACUAUAUACAUAUUCUUUUAAAAAUUAAUGUUUUGUAUAAUUAUACUAAGAAAAUGAAUUAUUAGAAUAAACAUAAAUAGUGAGACAAAAAGAUGAAUUACUUAUAAAAACCUAUUUAAUUUAAUUAUAAACUUAAAAUGUAGAAAAUUGUGAAAUACCAUCUAAACCAUCAAUAUGGUUAUCAACAUUUUUAUCUGAUAAAACAACAAAUGAAGUUGAAGUUAGAUUUUAUAAAAAUGGAAUUGAUUAAAAAACUAAAAAAAGAAAAAAUAUUUCAAAAUUACCAGGAUGUGAAUAAAUUUCAACUUGUCUUUUUUUUAGUUCAAUAAAAAAGUAAUAUAAUUAAAAUUCUCAUUCUUAAAUCAAAUAAAACUGUCCUACUGCUUCAACUAAUGUAAGAACAAUUACUUAAACUGAUAAACCUAAAACUGCCCUUCAAACUUAUAUAUUUCAAUAAGACAGUUUUGAGUAAGAAUCAAGCAAUGUUGAAAGAUAACAAUAAAGAUUAAGAUUAGUUACUAAUCCUACACGAUAACAUCUCAGAACUAAGUCUGUUAUGAACAAAAAAUAAACUAUGUAGGUUGAAUUACCAACAUUCUUACAUUCAUAAAGUUUUAAUUUAAGCAAUAGUGGCAUAAGAUAAAAUAAUUAACAAGAUAUAUCUAAAUAAAUGUAAUAUUGGGAAGAUAGAUAAAAUUAAUAAAGAUAAUAGAUAAAAAAGUAAAAUUAAGAAAAAAGAUAAGUUAAAUUAUAGAUUCAAUAAGAAAGAUCUUUUUAUUAGGAUUUCAAUAUUGGCUAAAAUCUUAUUAGCAGAUAAGGUGAUAGACAUUUACUUCGUAUAUAUUAGAAGAAAUAAUAAUAAAUAUCCUAUUAACAUGUAUAAUAAGUUAAAGAAUAAUCCAAUCACAUUAAAGAGAUUUAAGUAAUCAAUAGCAAAAUGAAAUUAUAAGCUAUUAAAGAAGCUAAUUUAUAAUAUAAGGCUUCUCUUGAAUAACCAGAAUAAUAAUAGAAAACUAUCUAAAAACAAUAAACAAAAAGAGUAGGAAUUACCAAUAAAUAUAUCCAUUCUGUAUUACCUGAAGAGAUAUUUCCAAUAAAAAUUGAGUUUGAAAAUAUAUGA